UUGAGCCAGCGAGGAGUGAAGCUGAGCCGGGCCUCACACGCUCCUAGAGGACCACCUCCUGAGACAGAGUUCUUUUUCCCCCUUCUUCUUCUUUCUCCAAGCUCCCCUCCUGCCCUCCCUCCCUGCCCAGUACAAUGCAUUCUUGAGUGGCAGCGUCUGGACUCCAGGCAGCCCCAGAGAACCGGAGCAAGCCAAAGAGAGAGGACUGGAACCAAGACACUCUGGUGGGGGAGCUUGGAUGCCUGGCUUCCUUUGAGGACAUCUUUGGAACGAGGGUGGCUUUGGGGUGGGGAGUUGUGCUGCAGGGAAUCCAGCCAGGCCCCAAGAUGGACACUUCUGGGCACUUCCAUGACUCCGGGGUGGGGGACCUGGAUGAAGACCCCAAGUGCCCCUGUCCGUCCUCCGGGGAUGAGCAGCAGCAGCAGCAGCCGCCGCCGCCACCAGCACCAGCACCACCAGCAGCCCCCCAGCAGCCCCCAGGACCCCCGUUGCAGCCUCAGCCUCCGCAGCUUCAGCAGCAGCAGCAGCAGCAGCAGCCACCGCAUCCCCUGUCUCAGCUCGCCCAACUCCAGAGCCAGCCCAUCCACCCUGGCCUGCUACACUCCUCUCCCACUGCUUUCAGGGGCCCCCCUUCAUCCAACUCCACCGCCAUCCUCCACCCUUCCUCCAGGCAAGGCAGCCAGCUCAAUCUCAAUGACCACUUGCUUGGCCACUCUCCAACUUCCACAGCCACAAGUGGGCCUGGUGGAGGCGGCCGGCACCGGCAGGCCAGCCCCCUGGUGCACCGGCGGGACAGCAACCCCUUCACAGAGAUCGCCAUGAGCUCCUGCAAGUACAGCGGCGGGGUCAUGAAGCCCCUCAGCCGCCUCAGCGCCUCCCGGAGGAACCUCAUCGAGGCUGAGCCCGAGGGCCAGCCCCUCCAGCUCUUCAGCCCCAGCAACCCCCCGGAGAUCGUCAUCUCCUCCCGGGAGGACAACCAUGCCCACCAGACCCUGCUCCAUCACCCCAAUGCUGCCCACAACCACCAGCACGCCGGCGCCACCGCCAGCAGCACCACCUUCCCCAAAGCCAACAAGCGGAAAAACCAAAACAUUGGCUAUAAGCUGGGACACAGGAGGGCCCUGUUUGAAAAGAGGAAGCGACUGAGUGACUAUGCUCUGAUUUUUGGGAUGUUUGGAAUUGUUGUUAUGGUGAUAGAGACCGAGCUCUCUUGGGGUUUGUACUCAAAGGAUUCCAUGUUUUCGUUGGCCCUGAAAUGCCUUAUCAGUCUGUCCACCAUCAUCCUUUUGGGUUUGAUCAUCGCCUAUCACACACGUGAAGUCCAGCUCUUCGUGAUCGACAAUGGUGCGGACGACUGGCGGAUAGCCAUGACCUACGAGCGCAUCCUCUACAUCAGCUUGGAGAUGCUGGUGUGCGCCAUCCACCCCAUUCCUGGCGAGUACAAAUUCUUCUGGACGGCGCGCCUGGCCUUCUCCUACACACCCUCGCGGGCGGAGGCCGACGUGGACAUCAUCCUGUCCAUCCCGAUGUUCCUGCGCCUGUACCUGAUCGCCCGCGUCAUGCUACUGCACAGCAAGCUCUUCACCGACGCCUCGUCCCGCAGCAUCGGGGCCCUCAACAAGAUCAACUUCAACACGCGCUUCGUCAUGAAGACCCUCAUGACCAUCUGCCCCGGCACCGUGCUCCUCGUGUUCAGCAUCUCACUGUGGAUCAUCGCUGCCUGGACCGUCCGCGUCUGCGAAAGGUACCAUGACCAGCAGGACGUAACUAGUAACUUUCUGGGUGCCAUGUGGCUCAUCUCUAUCACAUUCCUUUCCAUUGGUUAUGGGGAUAUGGUGCCCCACACAUACUGUGGGAAAGGUGUCUGUCUUCUCACGGGCAUCAUGGGUGCGGGCUGUACUGCCCUGGUGGUGGCCGUGGUGGCCCGAAAGCUGGAACUCACCAAAGCAGAGAAGCACGUUCACAACUUCAUGAUGGACACUCAGCUCACCAAACGGAUCAAGAAUGCUGCAGCCAAUGUCCUUCGGGAAACGUGGCUAAUCUAUAAACACACAAAGCUGCUAAAGAAGAUUGACCACGCCAAAGUCAGGAAACACCAGAGGAAGUUCCUCCAAGCAAUCCACCAACUGAGGAGCGUCAAGAUGGAGCAGAGGAAGCUGAGUGACCAAGCCAACACCCUGGUGGACCUUUCCAAGAUGCAGAACGUCAUGUAUGACUUAAUCACAGAACUCAAUGAUCGGAGCGAAGAUCUGGAGAAACAAAUCGGCAGUCUGGAGUCUAAGCUGGAGCACCUCACCGCCAGCGUCAAUUCCCUGCCCCUGCUCAUCGCGGACACCCUGCGCCAGCAGCAGCGGCAGUUCCUGUCUGCCCUCACGGAGGCCCGGGGCGUCAGCGUGGCAGUGGGCACCACCCACACCCCACUCUCCGACAGCCCAAUCGGGGUCAGCUCCACCUCCUUCCCAACCCCGUACACGAGUUCAAGCAGUUGCUAAAUAAAACUCCCCACUUCAGAAGCAUUACCCAUAGGUCUUAAGAUGCAAAUCAACUCUCUCCUGGUCACUUUGCCAUCAAGGAACAUUCAGACCAGGGAACGUAAAGAAGAGAGACCGAGCUAAUUAACUAACUCAUGUUCAUUCAGCGUGCUUGGUUUGAUAUGCCUUGAAACCAGAAAUCUGAUCUCUGUUUAGGUGCCUCUACUCGGGAGCAGGAAGAGGAGAUGACAGGAAACGACGCCUCUGGUAGGGCCCUUGCGGCACAGUUGGUGGAGAACAGACACCCACGUUCAAUCUCAGGUCUUCACGUGGAGGGGGUGGGAGUUCAGAUGCACUGAAGUAGCCGGCAGUGAAGCCAGCCUGGAGGAGGAUCUCGUGGGGGGAGGGCGUGGUGUCAGGCUUGGGGAAUGGGUUCCUCACCCCGGGGUCCUCCAGCCCACCUGUCUGCAUUCCUUCUGUCUAAGGAAGCCCCUGGAUGACAAAGUAAGGGAGAGCUGCCCACAGCUUUUGCCAAGACAGACAUGCUUUCCUGCCAUCCCUCACACAGUCAUAAAACAAAAUUUAGACUGAAAGAAAAAUAGACAAAUAAAAAGCCAGACUUUCCAUCCAAUAUUAAUACCCAUAUAAACCCGUGUAUUUGCAAGCGUGUGCAUGUACACACACACAUACACACAUCCCACAGUCAACCCAGGUCUUUUCUGGUUUGCACUUGACCCAAAUAAAGAGGGACCUGGUACCUUACCCUGCACACAGUAGGCACUCUCUAAAUGCACGUUGAGUUGGUCUGAAUCGGGAUGUGGGUGCUGUCAGUUCAGGUAGUUUGCCAGUGUCGGCCACGUCCUGAGCUUCACUGAAGAUGCAGGUUGCUUCAAACACAAAACAGGGUGCUUUGCCCUGGGUAUGCACCAUGCUUGCUCUGAGAUGAAUGACAAGCCAAAAUUGGCAUUCUGGAGAGAUAAGCAGCCUUCUAAAAAUAACAGCUUCUGCAGAGUUUUCAUCUUAUAUCCAAACAAGCUGUGUUCCACUGGAGCGCAUGAUCAGGUGUAUGUGUGUGAGGGAAGGGGUGCGGGAUCUGUGCAUGCGUGCACACACGUGCACCAACAGGUGCGACCCCAGGACACCUGCAUGAAUAGAAGUAUUGUCUGGGGGGUUUGCUCAGUGAUAUUUAUCCAGCAACAGGUUUACAGCCCCAGAUGUUAGGAGCGCAAAGGGGUCAAGUGCCUCACCUGAGAGCUGGGAGAAGCGAUGGUGAGUGGCCCAGCUGGUCCCUUCUACCUGACCUAAAACCACCUCAAAGUGUAAGGUUAUGAGGAUAAAGGGAGCCUUUAGGGAACCCUGUGGGUAAGAUAAGGUGACACGGAUUUGUCAGUAUCCUGUUCCUGCUGUGCCACGUUAAUCCUGGUGCAGAAACUAUUGUAAUACAUCUCAAACUCCAAGGGACUCCAGAAACAUCCAGAUCCAGUGUAGGACAGGCAUUGUGAGGAGAGGGCAUGGGGAUGCAUGAUAUUUUCCGCACUCCAUCAUCUAACCAUGCAUAAUGUUUGGGAUGUGAAAACCAUCCUACUAGUCAUCACAUUUCUCAUUCUGAGGUCUUUGACGUCUGCUUGUGGGGACUUAAAUCAUACUAUAGGGAAUAUUUCAUCUGUUUAGGGUAAAACAGAAGGGUAUCAUUUGUGGGUGGCUGUCCUGUUGGGUUUCACUUUGUACAGGACAUCGCCACUUUUCCAAAGGCAGAGUCUAGCUGUGAAGACUUUUCCUCUACAACACUGGGCCUGGUCUUCUAAGGACAAGGGAAUCAUCAGACAGCAAAAGGUAGACCACCCUAGAAAGGCCAAUCUUUCAAGAAGAUCUGGUCUCUUGUUCAACCUCUUCUUAUAUCUCUUUUCAUUGCUGUGCUGUUCCCCUGAUGCCCUCAUUUUUAUCUUGAUAACUCCUUUGGGCAUUUUCCUUGGUUGCUUUGCACACCAUAGAUGCCACACUUGCUGCUGGCUUUAAAAUUUUUUUGCUUGUUCUUUUAACUAUUGAUUAUCUAAAAGAUCCCUCUCCUUUUUUUACCAGUCCCAGGAAUGGUGCUCCUGUUUUCAGUGACAGCUGAACAUAUAAACAGACCAAUAAGCAGAUGAAAUAACCAUGCAGUUUCUUUGUGGCGUUAGUUCAUUUCACAAAGAAAUGAAGUGAAGAGCACUGACGGGUCAACCUGAGCGUGCCAAUCCCAGUCAUCUAACCUACAGCCCUCAAUUCUUAAUUCCUGGUCACCCUUCCCAUUCCCCCCGUAACCCUGUGAUGUGUGUGUGUGUGUGUAUGUGCACAUGCACACAAAUAGGGAUUUAAUCUGAAUUUCAAACAAAUGGCAUGCAAGAUUCCACUGCUACUCCUCCUGCCAAAAAGUGUGUGCAGACUGUCAUUGGCCCAUCGCUGUCUGUGGGUGACUCUUCUUUAACCCACCACUAAUGCUAUUCACUUAGGUAAAUCCUGAGGACCAACCUAGCAACACUAGCAAAGAGAGUGGUUGGAGAUAUUUCCAGUAGCAGUAGCCACUGGCAUCCUAGAAACAUAUGGGCAUUUGUAGCAUGACUGGACCUAUUGGUAGUGCAAUAGCUACGUAUGGUUUUUAUCCUUGGCGAAAGAGUACUUACUCUUCGGAAAAAAAAAAAAGUGAUCAAAUCUGCAUGUUGAUCCUGCAAUGGUAAAUGGGAGGCUGCUUCUCUGUACUGGUUUUUCAGCUUUAUGUGGGGAAGCUUCCAAUUCUCCUGCAAGUACAAUCAACCCUUGAUGAUUUAGGUAUUGAUUAUCCAGGGUGUAGCUCACCCAGGUUUCCUUCCUACAGCCCAUCUUUUGGCUAAUUCCACUGAGCCUCAGCAUCUUAGUCAGAUGGGAAAAGGGGGCAGGUGGAUUCUCAUGCCAUGCCUUCUUGUUCUGUAAUUUCAAGUUUGGUGGUGGAGGAGGUUUAAUUAUCUACUCAAGAAUUGGCUAUAUGGAAAAACUAUUAAUUACAGUAACCUCACUCCAGUACUGAACUGAUUGAGUUCUGCCCACUCCUGGAAGGAUGACCCAGUGGCAGAGCCCCUACUAUAAUCCUUCUGAUAACUCAGUGUCAGGUAAAAGUACUCUAAUGUUCCCUAAAAUAUCUAGACACUUGAAUUAAAAAUACAGAGCCACCCCCUCAUCGCUUAAGCCAUAUUAUAGCUUCAUGUACUGUAAAGUCAGGGAUAUACUGUGAUACUUUAAGACCACUAAUCUCAGUGGAAUUUCAGGACAUAGCAUCAGUUGGUAAAUUAUACCAGACUAGGGGCUCACUCCUCCUUAGAUUGAAGUCCAAAUAAAAAUCUGCAUCUUUGGAUCAAAGGCCACAUAUGUGUGAUCAUCAUCAAUAAAUUUAUCAUGAAGUGUCUAUGAACUGCUCUUGCCAUCCUCAUAAUAUGUAACUUCAUGACAUCAUAUCUCUAGAAAUGCUUAAUGCAAUGCAAAAGAACAAGAGGGGUAAGGCCCUGCAUCACCACUAACUUCUGACCUCAGCAAGUACCAGUGGUGUAACAACAAUCUCAUAACUGAAGAGGUAUAGAAAAUGUCUGUGCAAGUAAUUUCCAAAGUGCUGAGCAAGUGCAAACUAUUGUUAUUUAUUAAAGGCCAAGAAGAAACAGCAUUGAAGAAACAAGGAUUUUAGUAUAUAAUAUUUGAGGCUUUCCCCCUUAGAUUUUUGAUAAUUUCUUGUGAAUAAGUAAUGAUGGAAGAGAAGAAAACUAGAGAUGCAGAAUCAGAAUAAAUAAAACUCUAACACUGGAUCCACAUCUUUGGCCAAUGACUAUAACCACCCCAUACCUCAAUUUCUCUAUGCUUAAAAUGAAGGUAAUAGUUAAUAUUCUUAAGUACAAAGUAUUCAAUAGAUUUUAAAAUGAAAUCACUAUCGCCAACAACAGCAGCCCAGACUGACUCUGUCGAGUCCACACCUUGAUGUUGCCUCUGAAUGUAGUCAAUAGUUACCAAAAAGUAAUUCUUACAUAUCAACCGAUGUGAAAUUAGCAGGGAGAAGUAUGGGAUUAGCACAUAGUCCCAGGACCUCUCUCCUUCAGAGCAUACCUCAACAAACAGUGCACCCCAAAUUAAGAAUCAGUGUUUCAUCCCAGAACCCAUGGUGUUGCUACCAUCACAGGACCACAACUGAGACACUAUGAAGUCAUUGCACUACCAGUAGGUUACUGCUCUUUUAAAGUUACUGCUCUUAAAUCCUAAAAUACGUCCCAGUUCUACACAAUCAUCCUACUUCCCUGGAUGUUGCUUAGAAGCAGAUGAAGCCUCCGUCAGUGGCCAUUUGGCUGCCGCUAUUGACUCUGCGGCAUUCGGUUUCAGUACCUUAGACAGCUAUCUGGUGGCUUCCUGGUAGGCGGGAACAGCCCCUUCCCUUCCCUUCCCGUCAGCUUAAUGACGCCCUGGACAGUAUCCCUUCCUUCUCUACUGCCACCAAAGUAAACAUUGUGGGAACGGGAUCAUUGAUACCACUAAGAAAGGAAUGUUACAGGGAUAGCAAUAUUAACGGUCUGCCUCUGGCAGUAGAAUAUAGGUGAGUGCUCUUCAUCCUGAAAGCUUGUGCCAGGCUGCAUGAAUAGUUAACACUAAACUCCUGUCAGACAAGUAAUAUGUAGAUUUUUACUAAAAUAGACCGAAGCUUAUUAAAAGUACUCAGUGCAAUGGUAUAUAAAUAUAUACAGAUAGAGAAAAAAAAUAACUGUGAUCUUUUUUUCUUACACCAUUACUGGAAAUGCCCAAACAUGAACUGGAGUUCCCUCUGAACAAAACCAUUAUCAAAUCAUCAACGUAUGACCUCCAAAUCUAGGUGCCAAGUGCCCUGCCACAGUUGUUUACACACCUGAGAAACGUGUUCUGGAAGCUGUACUCUUGGGCCUGGACCAUGUGUUGAAACAAACAAAAGAGACGUUGUGACCAACCAAGCUGAUGGAGGAAAAGCACAAAAUUCAACACCAACCUAUAGUUCGGAUCCCAAAGAGAUGCUGAAUUUAUAGCCAAAAAAAAAAUAUAUAUAUAUAUAUAUAUUGACAAAGCAAAUAUCAAUCUGAUCGGAACAGCCAAAAUCCAAGUUCACAGAAGAAGGACAGGGAAUAAACAACAUUCUCUAGCUGUGUCAUAUUGUCUCAGUUUUUGAAUCUCAACCAGGACUGAUCCACCUUCAUCAGACACACUUUUUAAUGGCGCAACAACUCAAUGCUGGUCCCAGAUUCUCCAUUCUGCACUGACCAGAAGAGAACAACAAAAGAGAGCAACAGGAUGUCAAUGGAGGAAAUAUUUUCAUGGUGAACUCAGAAACUCAUGUGUUUAUAUUCAGAAUCAGAUGAGCUUCAAUAUGAAUUUGCAUCUUGCCUCUGUACUGCUUGCUAUUUUUUAAUGAUAGGAGAAAGUAUAACAGUUUAUUUUAAAUAUGAAAUAUAUUGCUAUAUUAUAAAAUAUAUUGUAACUUUCAACUAA